CUGCGGGGUCGACUUUCUUCUGCACCGGCCUCUGACCAUCCGUAACCAGCCUCUUGACUCUCAAACCAUGAUUAUGGUUGUACGAUCACGGGCGGGGGCGAUAGGUGGACCUUGAGUUUAUAAAUGUGUAUGCAAGUCCUCUUUCAAUUAACUCUUUCCCAUCAGCAUCUUUUUUACAACAUUAUCAAUCUCUCGCCAUCUACCGUCCAUCACCUUCUUGACAACCGACAAGCCCCAUCUACAUCUCAGAUAUACCCGACACGAUGCGUUCCUCGCUUUUCGCUGUCGCCGCAGCGGUUGCUGUUGUCAAUGCUCAAGGAGCUCAACCUGCUCCUUCAUCGACUGUUGUCGCAGACCCAGGCACUCUUCCUCUAGGAGCAGAGUGCGCGCGUACUGAACAGUGUGCCGGUGGAGCUCAAUGCUUUGCCUCUAACUUUAUGCAAAUCACUUCGUGUGGCAAAUACAACGCCGCUUGUGAUAACGACUCUCAAUGCGCAACAAACACUUGCAACAACGGUCUUUGCAAUGGCUUCCUUGCUUCUUCGGCUUACCUUGCCCAGCCUUCCUCAACGAGCUCGGAACCUAUGAUGUCUAUCAUGCCCAUCUCUACUGCUGGAGGUAUCAUGCCCGCUCCUAGCUCUACCGUCGUCGCAGCCGCCGGAUCUCUGCCUUUGGGUGCCCAAUGCGCCACCACCGAGCAAUGUGCCGGCGGCGCUGAAUGUUUCGCCAGCACAGCAUGGCAAAUCAAGUCAUGCGGCAAGUUCAACUCUGAAUGCUCCUCUGACUCUCAGUGCGCCACCAACACUUGCCAAAACGGUCUUUGCAAUGGUUUCUUGCCUGAGGCUUCUUACCUUGCCAACAAGCCUUCCUCUACUUCUACAGCUGCUGGAUCCGCCUCUACGGCUGCCGGGUCUUUGAUCCCGCUUGGCAAGAGCUGUAAUGCCACUUCUCAGUGCAUGAAUGGCGCCGAGUGCACGGUUUCCUCUGCUUACCAGGAGUUUGCGAACGGUAUGGUUUGUGGUCCUUACAACGCUACUUGCACCUCCAACGAGCAGUGCAGUUACAACUCUUGCUUCGCGGGCAGAUGUACAGGUGUUGAGGGCGCUGAGUACGGUACCUCUACUCGCGUUGUGUCUGGCGUUACGAGCUUGAUUGCUGUGCCUGUCACGAGUAUGAUUGCUAGUGUUACUUCUGCUAGAGCAUCUAUUACUAGCAGUGUUGGUGCUGUGGUCAAUGGCACAGCAAGCAGAACUGCCUCUUCGACUGUUUCUGCCUAUACUGGUGCUGCUGGUAGAGCUGGUGUACAGGGCGGUCUUGCUGCAUUGUUUGGUGCUGCUGCUUUCUUGCUCUAGACUCUGUGGCUUCUUUUUCCUUUUUCUUGCAUAGCGAAUGUUGGGCGGGAAGGAUUAUCGUAGCUUAUGUAUAAAUUCGCACUUCUUUUUGGUUUAUUCUGUCAUAUUGAUAAAGUUGUUUGCUGCUA